AUGCGUUUCGUGGUGUUGCAGAAACUUGUGGACGGCCCUCUGAUGGCCAAAUGGAAGAAACCCGGGUACGAGCGACUCUGCAGCACCUACGUCAUCAACACCAAGAACUACAAGUUCGGUACCGUCAGCAUCUGCAGGGUGCCGAAGCAGUAUCUGUCGGCUGGGACCGUGGUAGAAGAUGUGAACACCGGCUGCCGGGGGUGUGCCACAGGGGCCGGGGGGAACAAGAACAUCUUCGGCAACAAGUACGGCCAGUAUCUGGCCGCUAUCCAGGCAAGUUGGCUUUGCCGAGGGGUCGCGAGGCAAAAGCAGAAGGAUCUCAAGGCCCGGGAGCAGCUUUUCGAUGUGGAGGAGGACGAGGAAGAGGAGGAGGAGGAUGGGGGGGGGCAGCGGAAGGGGUCGAACAAGCGAAGCGGCGGAAAGGAUGGUGGGCGUGGCGGCGGCGGUACGAACAGCGACUCCGAAGACGAAGACAAGGACGGGGGAGUUUGGGCGGACAACGAGGCGGAGGCCAUGCUGGGGCCAGGGGACGAGGCGAAGAGGGAAUUUACGUAAUUAACCAGACACCAGCGGUGCCAUUUGACAGUGCUCCUCGUUAUGUGGUCUUGGUCCUUUUUGGAGGGUGCCACGGGAGUGUUAAUCGACCGAGCUCUCCACGGUUCAGGAGCCUGUCUCCACGGGUCUCCGUAUCUCGAGAGUUUUCUGUCAGGGCCUACCCGUUGUGUUCCUCUCCCUCACAGACUUCGUUUCCAUCCCUGGGUAGGCGGGGGGAGCGUUGUUU